UUUAAAAAUCUUUAUCAAAAUUCAGAUGGACGUAAAGAUAGGGAGAUCGUUUAAAUUAACAAAGAAAUUGGGUUCAGGUGCUUUUGGAGAAAUAUUUCAUGGAAUCAAUCUCAAAACAAACAUGGAAGUGGCAGUUAAACUUGAGCCUGUAAACACAAAGCAUCCACAACUGUUUUAUGAAGGAAAAUUAUACUAAUACUUGUUACAAGAACCCUCAGUGAUUGAUAAAGGAAUUCCAAAUGUUUACUAUUGUGCAACAGAGGGUACAUAUUUUUAGUAUACUUUAGGGGAAUAUAAUAUCAUGGUAAUGGAUCUCCUAGGCCCUUCUUUAGAAGAUUUAUUCAAUUUAUGCGGCAGAAAGUUUUCUCUAAAGUCAGUAUUAAUGUUGGCUGAUCAAAUGAUUUAAAGGAUUGAAUAUGUUCAUUCUAGGCACUUUUUACAUCGUGAUAUUAAACCUGACAACUUUUUAAUUGGAACAGGCAAAAGGUACUAUAUAUUUAAAUUUAAAUAGAGCUCAUAAGGUGUAUAUUAUUGAUUUUGGAUUGGCAAAGAGAUAUAUUCAAAAAGAUGGCAAACACAUUCCUUACAAGGAAGGUAAAAAUUUGACAGGAACAGCCCGUUAUGCUUCAAUCAAUACUCAUCUUGGUAUUGAGCAAGUAAAUAUUGCAUUUAAAUUAAAGGGAAGAAGAGAUGAUCUUGAAUCAUUAGGCUAUGUCAUGAUGUACUUCUUGAGAGGAUCCCUCCCCUGGUAAAACUUGAAGGCUUCAAACAAAAAAGAUAAGUAUGAAAAGAUUAUGGAGAAAAAAAUUUCAACAUCAAUAGAAACAUUGUGCAAAGGAUUUCCAUAGGAAUUAGCUACUUACUUAACUUAUGUAAGAAAUUUGAGAUUUGAUGAAAAACCAGACUACAGCUACUUAAGGACUUUAUUAAAGGACUUAUUUACCAAGAGCGGAUUUGAGAUGGACUAUAUUUACGAUUGGAAUCUGAUCUAGAAAACGGAAGGUACUCCUGGAAUAACUGCAAACAACACAUAACAAUAAUAACCGCCAACCGGUUAAGUGCCCCCAAAAUAAGGUUGA